UGUUGCCUCUGUGCAAUUGCACGACUGUAAACAUGGACGAGGGAAGAACGUGUUUCGGUGUUUGGUUACUCCGUGUUCCGGUUUUUCGAUCUCGGCGACAGACUUCCAGACUGGACAGCCUUUAAAAAAACUCGAUCCAAUAAGUGGAAUUUUUUUUCCGAGUCUAAUGGCGUGUAAACAUUUCGAUUAUAGGAUAAGUGUGUCGAUCUUUCGCGAGAUAACAAAAGCAUUGUUAAAUGGAAAUAAUAUGAAAAUGAUAAAAUAAGCACAACUAAUCGAUUGAUUUUUGUAUUAGAUCAGUUGGCACACGGUUCGGACCAAUUAUGCGUAAAGUUCACGAUAGAGCGAUGAAGCUGUAGAAGUAUCAUUAAUUAUGCUUCACCGGUGUAACUUUCUAACGGUUCCUACCUACGCCAUCUUCUUGAAAAAUAAUCUAAUAUUGUUCGUCGCAUUGUUUACUUGCGGCGGUCACCAGAAAGGCAAACAAACCAGGCGAAAUUCGAGUUCUCGACACGUCAUAAAUCUGACUCGAUGUUUCCUUAAACCUGAACCAGUGAACAAUAUUUUUACGUCCUGACCUUCGUUUUCUAUGUUUCUAGAAUUUCGUGUGAAUAUCAUUAUCUAUGGUUAUUUCUUUCGCUGGUGUAAUAGUGGUGAAGUAUUUUAUUGUAUAAAGCAUGUUAUUUAUUAGAAUUAGUAAGGUUGAAAAUAUAAACAAUUUAAUAAUGGAAAUAGGAACAUUACGUAGACGAUUACCCUCGCCAUUGAAAUUUUUCAUCACGUCCAUCAUCAUGUGAAUAGAAAUCGUCGAAAAAAUAACGAAUCGGUUCCUCAACUGCCUGAAGAAAAAAAUCCACUUUUCUACGUUUAUCCAUUAUGCAUGCUCAUAAGCGUCGUAUUCGCAAUUCUUUGGCUUUCCACGGACCUUCUGAUGCGCAGACCUAGAAUUGUUCUCAUCGGAUGCUUCACUGCAGCCACUUUGAUGUUUUUGGUCGGAAUAAUGGAAAUGAAGCAUGCCGAUAUAUAUCUUGAUUUAACAGAGAUCAGUGAUGACGAAUUGCUAACACAUCCGGUCUUUAUCCACAAUUUCAUCAUGUGUUUGCUAUCACUCUUCUGCAUGACUGUAUAUCUCAUACAAGGUUGGAUCUCGUACGACUUAUGGCGUUGGAUGAAAGAACAAAAUAUUAGUGAUGUGUCUAACAAUUUGCCAGUUACCGACUCUAGUGCAAACACUGAUACAAGUGAAGUCUUUGAGUCUCGAGCAAAGGUCAGCAGGCGUGAAAGUAAACCGAAAGAGGUGCCUGGUAAAUUAGAUCCAAUACCUGAUUUAGAAAACUUUCCUUCCUUAACGUCGAUGUCACACUCAGUUACCAUUAGCGUAGAUGAAGAACCUGUUAUCUUAUAUUGCUGUUUCAUCGAUUAUUAUAAUUAUAUAAAGUAUCAAGAAUUGAUGAAGAAACCAGUACAUGAAUUUCAGGUUGUUCAUGUCAUGUGAAUCAAGAAUCCAAUAAAACAUCAUGAAUGAAAGAUCAAUUACGAUAUUAUGAAUCAAGUAUCAGUAAGAAUACCAGGAAUCUAAG